AUGUCUUCUAUGGCUUUGCCGUCUAAACCGAAGAAGCCAGAGGAGAACAUCCUCAACGACGUGAACAUCCAGAAAUUCCUCAUUGACUUGAGACCGCCGCAGUUCGACGUAUCGCCGGUGUAUACCGCAACGUACACCGGGAUUGCGGUGAUUGAGAUGACAGUUAAUGGGGUCUCAGUCAUGCGCCGCCGCAACGACCUGCACUUCAACGCCACGCAGAUCCUCAAAAUCGCAAACGUAGACAAGCCGCUCCGGACCAAGAUUCUCGAGACACGCAUCCACACGGGCGUUCACGAGAAGAUACAGGGAGGCUAUGGCAAGUACCAGGGCACGUGGAUCCCGUACGAACGGGCGGUGGCUCUCGCGCAGCAGCUUGGGGUCUAUGACGCCAUCAAGCCGUUGCUCAUGUACAACGUCGCGUCCAGCGAGGCGCGGCUGACAAUGACCAAGGAGCAAGCAAACGUGGAUAUGAAGGCAAGCAUGCGCAGCGUGACCAACUCCAGCGCCGGCCUGAACUCGUUCACCAUUCACCGCGACGCGCCGGAACCCGCCACACGCAACUUCUCAUCUAUAACCGACGAUGAUGAGGCGCCAUCGCCAACCAAGAAGCCGAAGCACGCUAGCGGGAGUUUUAGAAAGUCGUUCGCAGCCUCACCGCAGUACGAUGCGGCAUUCGUGGCGCACACCCACGACACAGCCUUGCCAAAUCCAAACUCGCCCUUUACGUUGGAGCCCGUGAGCGCGCUGCUGCCCGAGUUUGAGGCAUCGCGGGAGUACAUCACGGCAAUUUUCUUGAGCGAUCAGCCGGGCCAGUUGGACGGAAAUGUCAACUGGGACGUGCCGAUCGAUGAUCUCGGCCACACGGCAUUGCACUGGGCGGCCACGCUUGCGAGGUUAGAGUUGGUCAAAGAGUUGGUCGAACGCGGGGCUAACCGCCUCAGGGGCAAUGCCGACGGCGAGUCGGCGCUUGUGCGUGCGGUCUUGGUGACAAACAACUCCGACCAGAGCUCGUUUCCGGAGCUUCUCGACUGGUUGUACCCGUGCAUCACCCUCUUGGACCACCAUGGAAGGACCAUCCUUCAUCACAUUGCACUCACCGCCGGUAUCAAGGGCCGUUCCUCUGCUCUGAGGCACUACUUGGAGUGUUUGCUCGAGUGGGUCGUGCGCAGAGGGCUGUACCUCAAGGAGGGCCAGUUGUCCUUGGGCCGUUUCAUGAACGAGGUGGUGAAUGUCCAGGACAAGAACGGUGACACGUGUUUGAACAUUGCGGCGAGAAUUGGCAACAAGGCAAUUGUCCAGCAGUUGCUUGAUGUGGGGGCAGAUCCGAGUGUGGCAAACAAGGCCGGGUUGAAGCCCGCUGACUUUGGCAUCAGCAUCAAGCAUAGUGAAGAUAGCGGUGCAGCAACGGCUGUCGCAGCCAUUGGUGUUGCAGCACUGUAUUCCACUAGUCAAUCUUCCAGCAAACUCUUUGAACUGAUGCAGGCGAUGUUGGGGCGUUUGCACGAGGACUUCCAGGCAGAGGUCGGCGAGAAGCAAGCAAAGCUCCAGGACUUGCACGCGCAGCUCCGCGAACGCACGCAGCAGCUCUCACACCACCGUACUAUGUUCGAGGAGUUAAGCAGCUCAGAGCGCGAGUUGAUGGAGUUGCGCCAAAAAAUCGGCAACCUCGACCUGGCGAUUGAGAAGGAAGAUGCGCGGUUCAAGGAGCAGACCGGUGACCAGUACGACCAGUUCCAAUCGUUUGAGGGAGAUUUUGACGCAGACGAACCGUUCAGAAUCGAUGGCGUGUACCAGCAGGUAGAAGAGGCGUUGCGAGAAGAUGCCGACGUGGAAGACGUUACGGUAGACGUCACUGGCAUCGAGUUGCCCGACCUGGAGCUCUUACACGCGCGCAUCCGUGCCUACAAGAAGAACGAGGCGUUGCUCGAGGGCUUGGCGCUCGAGUUGACGUCGAAGUCCGCCGACCUUGAGCUGAAAUUCCGACACGUUGUGUCGUUGUGCACGGGUGUGGAAGAGGAGCGCGUGGAUGCCUUGUUGGAGGGAUUGGUUGCUGCAGUUGAAAGCGACCCGGACGACGUGGAUCUUGGAAGGGUGAAGGGGUUUUUGAAGAAGGUAGAGACCUGA